GUAUUCCCUUUUCAUGCCAUUAUAUAUAGUUUAGUAUAUCUUUCGUUUUACUUCAUCAUUUCAAAGCCUGCUGCUUAUUGUUUUGUUUUUGAACCAAUCACAAGAAAAUGACAAAGAAUUAUCCAAAAGUAAGCGAUGAGUACGAGAAUGCCAUUAAUAAAGUGAAGAGGAAGCUUAGAGGUUUAAUAGCCCAGAAGCAGAUGGCUCCGUUUAUCCUACGUCUCGCAUGGCACUCUGCUGGAACAUACGAAGUAGUAACUGAUACUGGUGGUCCAUUUGGAACUAUAAGAUUUCAAGCUGAAUUGGCACAUGCAGCAAAUUCAGGGCUUGAAAUUGCUGUUGGACUUCUUCAACCUCUUAAGGAGCAGUUUUCUAUUCUCACUUAUGCUGAUUUCUAUCAGCUUGCUGGUGUUGUUGCUGUUGAAAUUACCGGUGGACCUGAAAUCUCAUUCCGUCCCGGAAGAGAGGACAAGACUAGGGUACCUCCAGAAGGUCGCCUCCCUAACCCUACCCAAGGAGCCGAUCACUUGAGGGAAAAGUUUUACGCGAUGGGUCUUAAUGACCGUGAUAUUGUUGCUCUCUCCGGUGGCCAUACCUUGGGUAGGUGUCAUGAAGAGCGCUCUGGUUUUGAGGGUCCCUGGACUCAUAACCCUCUCAUCUUCGAUAAUUCUUAUUUCAAAGAGCUGUUGAUCGGAGAGACCGAAGGACUCUUAAAAUUGCCAUCAGAUUUAACUCUUCUUUCGGACCCUGUUUUUCGCGGGUUUGUCGAAAAAUAUGCUGCUGAUGAAGAUGAAUUUUUUGAUGAUUAUGCUGAGGCACAUGAGAAGCUUUCCGAGUUAGGAUUUCCAGACGACGAGUCUGACGAUGAGUCUGACGACUAAGCAUAUUGGCUAUCAAAGAACCCAUGGUGUUAGGAAUUCCAAAAAGUUCAUUUAUAUUUUAAAUGGUCGAAAAUAAAAAUUCGUAUUAAAUUAUGAAGUACGUUGAAGUUUUUAAUUUAUUUGAAACACUCUAUUUCUCAUUGUGCUGGUAUGAUUAAUUAACUUAUAAAAUAAAAAAUCUCAUUCAAAUGUUUGUGAUA